CUUACUGUUAAUCCUGGCGGACAAUGCCAAGAAAAGCCCAAGGGGAAAGAUGUAUGAGGUCCUUGUCCUUAUCAGCUCAGCAGGCUCUCCGAGGGCAGAGCGAUUGUGGCGCCUCCACCGAUCACUGGUGCUCAUCGACCUGGCCUAUUAUCAUGUGUGCUCACUGAUAUAACAGUGACAUCAAUCUGCCGUGAACCAGACCGUACCUGUGCCAAGUUAAACAAUCAAAGCCGUGCAUAAGGUGCCCUGCGAAUUCACACACCCACGCAAAAACGCAUGCCCGCAGAUUUUUCUCUAGGGACGCAGGAGUUCAUUUGGCAGGGAAACCUGUCAUGAUCUGUGCAUGUCAUUUUUCUCACCAACGUGCUGUGCUGGGAGUUUUACAGAGAUCACACUUUACUAGAGGGGCUAACAUUUCGGCUCAUUUCAGACUUCAUCCGAGUACAGACCGGCUAUCAGCUUUGGGUGAAAAAGCAGCGUUGACUUUAGACUUUGAAAUCCCAUUAAGCAUCUGGUCACAAGGGCUAUGAAGCUGGUUGCAGGGUUAGCCGUGCUAUGGCUGUGGGUUGCAGAGGCCGUGGAAAACUGCCCCAGUGAUUGUAAAUGCAGCCAGAAAACCAGUACGGAAAAGACUGAAGUCAACUGUCAAAAGAGGGGACUUCAGAGCAUCCCACCCAAACUCCCUCUGGACUCAUGGAUCCUAAAAAUGGGUGAAAAUUUUCUGCAAGACCUCCCAGAAAACAUCCUGAGCUCAGUCCCAAAAAUCGAGAGCCUAAACUUGGAGCGAAACUCAAUUAAAUCAAUACACCCUCAAGCAUUUGCUGGUGCCCAGCGAUUGAUGCUUUUGAAUCUGCAAGGAAACCGACUGUCCAAACUUCCUGUAAAGGGCUUCAAAGAUCUCCUAAACCUACGCUUUCUCAUGCUGGGCCAGAAUCAGAUAGCUAACCUAAAACCAAACAUGUUCAUUGGCAUGAGGAACCUCUCAGAGCUGGACCUGCCCCUGAACGCCCUCACUGCUCUUCCACCAAAUGCGUUCAAGCCUUUGAUUGCCCUAAAAGUUCUUGACCUUGCCUUGAACCGCAUCCAAAGGAUCUCGCCCAAAGCCUUUGUUGGACUUGAAGAGCUGCUUUUUCUCAACUUGGACAACAACAAGCUGGAGAAUAUUCAAGCUGGGACCUUUGGGCCCCUGACUGGUCUUGAGAUGCUGGUGCUGGACAACAAUUUGCUCUCCACACUUACCGCGUCCACACUAGAAGGUCUUUCCAACCUGCAGGAGCUCUAUAUCAGAAAGAAUGAAAUUAAGAGCCUGCCAGCUGACGUAUUCCGCCACACACCUAAACUUACUCAUGUGGGCUUAAGUGGGAAUCGCCUUCAUGCUAUUGAUGGGAACAUGCUAGCCAACAUGCAAGGGUUGAAGGAGGUGUAUCUGCACGAUAACCCAUGGAAAUGUGACUGCAGUAUCAACUCGUUGGUACAUUACGUAGCCCAGACGAGGGCUAAUCAUUCACCUCUGCAAAGACUUCGGUGCAUUAGCCCAGAAGAGUUUCGUGAUAGACCCAUUCACCAGCUGAAAUCUGAGGAACUUCCCUGCAGGGCCUAAAAAACCCUCACGUCUGAUAUCAUAUCACGUGCGACCUCCAAAAGUUGGGAGCACAGCAUAAUAACAGCAUGAUAUUUUCUGCAAUUGAAUGGCGAUGCUUCACAUAACUCCAACCACAAUGACUUUGACAGGUUAAUGAUAGUGCUUCUGUUCUGCAGAUAAUCAUAAUUUUCACACCACCUGGAGAGUCUCUCAGCAGUACAUCCUAGAAAACUAAGGAUGAACUGUGCAUUUGUUAUUUGUGAUACAAAAGAAAUGUCACUUUGGGUAGUUUAAUAAUAAUAUGUUUUCACAUUCAACUUAAAGCUGCAGUCAGUAAGUUGUUUUGGUUAAAAAUUAUCCAAAAUCAAUUUUUGAGCAAGUACAUAACCAGCCAGUGUUCAAAACUAUCUCCUUACCUUAGCUCGAUUCACAACGGUAAGCUUGUAAUAAUGUUUUAUAAUGAGAGCGGUACUGGUGGGUUUCCGUGGAAAAUUCGAGCAUGCAGCUGUUCAUCUUUGCUUCAUUACGUCAUGUCUGUAAACAGAAAGGACGGAGUCCCAGCUAUAGUGGCUAUAUCAUGUGAGGAUGCUGCAGGUGAUGGAUCAUUUAAAGCCUUUUCUCACAGCAGCUGAAAUAAUUAAACUUAUCAUUUUGAUAGCGGAUUGUAAUCCAGAAAGAUCCAAAUGACAAUCAUCAGUGAUAACUGGAGAUUCACCCGUAGUCAAAAGCAAAAGUCAUUGGACUGCGGAGUGGCUACAGAAAUUGAAAUCUACAGGUAAUGCUAAUACACACUAAAAACAUAUAGCCACGCAAUGCUGAUGUUGUUAACAUUAAUAAUUUGAGAACAAAAUAUAACAGUAAUAAUAAUUUGCACGGUUUGGCAUGAGCUAAGCGAUCGUUAGAUUUAAUAACCAUUGGCAGCGCAAUUUAAAAAAUUCGCCAUUAAAAAAUUCAAAAAAUACAGAUUUAUAAUAUAAUAUAACAUAACAUAACAUACUGAUAAGUAUUAACAUAAAUAAGUAAAUAAAUUGUGAUAAUAAACAAAUUUGACUUACAGUCACCUGAAGAAUAACACAAAAAUUAAAUUAGAAAUUAAAGUGCAAAUAAACAAAAAAGUGCAAUUAUAUUUUCAGAAUUACAGAACAGUUUCAAAACUGAACACGCCUGAAGGCAACAAAAUAAAGGCUACAUAUUGCAAUUUAUUUGUAGAUGUUAGCCAACAAGCUAGCCAGUUAAUCUAAUUAGCAUACCCAUUUCAUUUCCAUUUUGUGCAUACAGUGGAAAAUGGCUUAAACUUAAAUUAUUUUAAUUCAUGAAUGCUAGAUUAUAGUCCUAGUCAUGGUCUUUUUCAAAAGACAUUUAGUGCACUUUUUGGUGAAUUAAAAGCAAGCAGUAAUGUAACUGAAAUUAAAACAACAUUACAGAAGCUUGCAUUUAUUUUAAAGAAAAUAGAGUAAAAUUAAAUCAGCAGUUAACUCAAGCAAAAACGUUCCACAGUGUUGCCAGUUAAGGGGCCGUUCACAUAUCGCAUCUUUUGCGCGCUCAAAUUCGUUAUUUCAAAUGUACCCGCGCGGCUGGCGCGCUCAUAAUGAAAGUGACGCGCAUGCGGUGCGUUUUCCAGGCGCAUCGAGAUGAAAAAUUCUCAACUUUUCAGAAUGCCGCAAGCGCACCGCAGGUCAUGUGUCAAGAACCAACAGAUCAGCUUCGCCUUUCCAUAACAAAACAUCGAAAGCUCAGCCGAACAGCUGAUCAUAGCUGUACAUGGUGGUUUUUAUUUCUCAUCUCCAUAAAUAUAUCUAGUAGUAAAGCCAACGCAAGGGCUAGAAAUCAAUUUAUCCUUUGCUGAAACUUCCUCGUCCUCGUGGAGAGCGCAGUUCAUGGUUGCAUAGCAACGACAGACGCCACGGGAGCGCAAGCGCUUUGGAAAUAAGGAGAAAGCGGCGCGUUUUUAGACGCGAUAUGUGAAAGGCCCCUAAGAUGUUCUAAAAAGGCUAUUUCAAAAUACUGCAUAAACAUCACGGGAUAAUACAGUGAUUAACUUGUGAUUGUUCUCUAUAUUGCUCUUUUUUUCUUCUUUGAGUCGCUUCCUGCCUUGUGCCACUGAUAAGUUUCUUUUUUCAAUCAUUUUUUAGAAAUGAUACUUUAAGAGCACAUAAAUGGCAAAAUUAUUUUAACGGCGCGCGCCAUGUAUAAUUCAUGCGUUAUGGUGAUGUAUUAUAAUUACGUCAUGACGCAGAAAGUGUUAAAACUAGUCCAACAUGACUCUUAUGAUUUUUCGUUGAUGUCAAUUUAAUUUUAUUCUUAUUUUAAUCAUUUCGAUGAUCGAUGAGCACUAAAAUUCUUAAUUGUCAAUAUUUGCUUAAUAUAUGGGUGUAGGAGCGCACGAUGGUCACAAGAGGGCGCUCUUCCGAGAAAAAAAACUUAAGUGCGGCGCCCCCCAGUCAUUUUGCGAUCUAGGCAACUGCCUAUGUCGCCUAUUCCACGGGCCGGUGUUGUGUAGGCCUAAUGCUUUUUUCCUCAGUUGGUCAGAACAAAAGUGGCAGACAUGUUACUUACUUGUUCAGAUGACAUUUUCCGGUGAAAAUUCUUAUUUUAGUCAUACUUCUAAGACGCAGAAUCUGUGUUUCCGAAGUAGGCUACAGUAUCCACACAGACGCGGUGACUGACACCAAACAUUAGAUUCAUCCGCGCUGAGGAGCCGUGCCGAUGCACAACGCACGUAACGAUAAUAAUUCCGCAUAUAACUCCAAUUAAAGGUUUCAAACAGAGAUUGCGACAAAGAGGCAAAACUUUCGGAAUUCAGCUUUAAUGUUACAAAUGAUUCUCUUAAAUGUUUUAAAUGCAUUAUUUAUCCAAAGUGUUUUUGUUUUUCAGCCUCUAAGUAGAAGAUGCUCUCAAAAUAUAAUCCCUCUAAAUAAUGUUAGUAGGUGAGUAUAACUGCUAUAUGAUGUUGUAUUUUUAUGUAAUAUCAUUAAACCCAUGUUCACAAUUAUUUAUCUAUCUGAUGUAUACAGUAUAUACACA